UAUGUGGUUAUCUUUUCCCAUGUAUUGGCUUUCUUCAUGAAGAGACAUUUGCCUUUUGAGUUUAGAGUCAGUCAUUAAUAGUCAUUUCAUUAGAAGGGAAAAUACAUAGUAGUAUCAGCUAUCAACUAUAGCUAGAUCAUGCAUGCAACUUUUCUUUCCCAGUUUGUUUAAAUAUUUAGUACUUUACUACACAGUUUCAAAAUUUAUGAUAGCAGUGAGGGAAAAAAAAUCCUUAUGGCCAAUCAUGAGUGGUGAAUUAUGUCUGUAGUGUAAUUACUAACAAAAAAAUAAAAGGAAUUACUAUAACAUGGAAAAUUUACGAGCAACUGUAUCCAGUACAAGAUUAUAUGAUAAACUGGUUUUAUUUGAUUUCUUGCAUGCAUAUAUAAUAUAAUCCAGCAUAGUUUGCUCGCAUUUGUUACCAAUCACCCAUUUUGUAAGUUUUUUUUUGGCUAUACGAAUGUCAUACAUAAGGAUUGAUCAAACUGAAAACUGAUCUUCAGCUUCAGUUUUUGUUCUAAUCAAACUGUGGCUCAUAUUGUUUCAAAGAGAUCACAUACUUAAACGGAUCAAACACAUCGACCUUCCGUAAUUUUUUUAUAGAAAUUUAAUUAGUAACAAAAAGCUAAUAAUCCUUUUGAAUUAUCAAACCAAUGGCCAGCUACUGUAAUGUUGUCAUGUGUAGGUGCUAAUAUGUACUUCUUUUAUUAAAUAAUAAAUGUUGAUUUUCAUUUUCAUAUCAAUUUAAUAUACAAAAUAAUAUUAGUAACACAUUUUAACUUUUCAUUUAUAUAUGACUUCCAUUGAAAUCAUAGUCUGCAUUCGUUGUAAAAGCUUGUCAGCAUUUACGCAAGACAAUACACACUCACACGCAGAGAUGAAAACUAAUUAAAUCUCUUACUCUAACACAAAGUUAAUGUACCCAUUAAGAAGUUCAUAACUCACCACCCACAUAUUAUAUGGCUUAGAUUCUCGACCCAUAUUGACUAUACAUAAAAAAGAAUUUGUAUCCAUCUCUAUUAUUUUGGGUUUUGACGUUUUAUAAGCAUCCAUCUCUUAUUGUGUGAAAUCUUGGCAAAAUUAAUAAGAUUACAUGACCAAAAAACCCGGUAUCACAUUACCGAAUAUUCACCACUCCCUACCUACUACUAGCAUAACAAGACAUGUAUCAAAUUGGUUACGUUUCUUUUACAAACGUAAAUAUUUUUAAACAUAUCAAGGUGUAUAAAAUAUAAAAUUAAGAAACACAAGAUUCGUCUUGUAACGCGACGGGCCGACUUUAUGUUUUUUAUUCUCUCAGAAUAGAGAUCCUUGUGAUGCUUUGUAGAGCCAUAUAUAUAUACAUGUAUUCAGAUCUGCAAGUAUUGAUCAUUCUAAACAAAAGUAAAUCUCAAUUAAAAGGUGGAUUAUUAUUUUCUUCCUUUAUCACUGCCAAUGAUUAAGAAGCUAAGCAACAUGGAUUACAAGCAGAAACAGGAGAGAUGUGGGCAAUACAUCGAAGCUCUUGAAGAAGAACGACGCAAGAUUCAUGUCUUCCAACGUGAACUCCCUCUUUGCUUAGAUCUCGUAACCCAAGCAAUUGAGGCAUGCAAGAGGGAGUUGCCGGGUACGGCCACAGAGAAUAUGUACGGACAAUCAGAGUGCUCGGAGCAGACGACCGGGGAAUGUACACCUGUCUUGGAGCAAUUUCUAACCAUUAAAGACUCAUCAACCUCCAAUGAAGAAGAAGAAUUAGACGAUGAGCACGGAAAUCAUGAUCCAGACAAUGAUUAUGAGGACAAGAACAUGAAAUCUGAUUGGCUUAAAUCUGUUCAGCUCUGGAACCAACCUGACCCUCUUCUCCCAAAAGAGGAAGGAACGCAAGAGAAGAUGGUGGACACGGUGGUGAAGAAAGAUGAAAGUAUGAAGAAAGAAGCGAUGGCUAACGGUGGAGAAAGAAGGAAGAGAGAGGCGGAGAAAGAUGGAGGAAGAAAGCAGCGAAGGUGUUGGUCGUCGCAGUUGCAUAGACGCUUCUUAAACGCUCUUCAACACUUAGGUGGACCUCAUGUUGCUACGCCGAAGCAAAUCAAGGAGUUAAUGAAGAUUGAUGGAUUAACUAAUGAUGAAGUCAAAAGCCAUUUACAGAAAUAUAGACUGCAUACAAGAAGACCAAGCCAAACAGUCUCUAACAACGGAAACUCUCAAGCGCAACAUCUCGUAGUCGUCGAGGGCAUAUGGGUUCCAAAAUCUGACCACUCUACAGGCAGGAUCACCGGAGGAGCCACCACUAGUGGCACCACCACCAGGUCCACCACCGGGAUAUAUGGAGCAAUGGCCGCACCACCACUGCCACAGUGGCCGAGCCCUUCCAAUUUUAGACCGUCCAUUAUCGUGGAAGAAAAAGGAUCGGGAAGCCCUAGCGAAGAGGUGGUGUUCCGAUGUAGCUCGCCAGCGAUGUCUUCUUCUACCCGCAACCAUUACGUCAAGAAUAUUUAGUUUUUUUUUCUUUAUAUUUUCUAUACUAUUUUUGUUUCUUCGAGUUAGAAUUUGACACCGUGAGGAUCAAGAGUGUAUAGAGGUUUGCACCGAAAGCAAUACUAUAUGUUUUACUCAGGAAUAGUGCCAUUUUAACUUUCUAGUUGAUUUGAAUCUUUCUUGUUCGUUUCUUUUUCCAAUUUUGUUGACUUGUUAUAUUUUUAUUUC